AUGGCGGACGCCGGCAACCCCAACGAGGAGAUGAAGCUCGUCCUGGUGGUGAACGAAGAGCUCGGCAUGACCGCGGGCAAGAUCGCCGCGCAGUGCAGCCACGCCACGCUGGCGGUGUACCAGUCCCUCGGACCAAACCACAGGGCGGUGCUGCGGCGGUGGGAGAGCGAGGGGCAGAAGAAGAUCGCGCUCAAGUGCCGCAGCGCGACGGAGUUGCGACAGCUCGCCGCCGCGGCGAAGGCUGCGAGGCUUCCGCACUUCAUCGUCGAAGACGCGGGCCGCACGCAAGUCGCGGCGGGGUCGUGCACGGUGAUCGCCAUCGGGCCCGCGCCGGAGUCCGCCGUGAACGCGGUCACCGGCGCGUUGCGCUUGCUGUAG